UCUGCCUGAGAGAGUUUACCUGGGUGAACACAGAAGGCAGAGUGUUAAGCAUUAGUUAGGUAGUGACCAAUAUUUAAGUGGCAUCAUUUAUUUUUGUUUUUUAUCUAUCACCUCACUCUUACUAGAACACCCUCCCUCCGGGGGGAGGGAAAUGACUGGCUGUCACCCUCCAUCUGCCGGUGGAACUCUACCUGGCACACAGAAAGCGCUUCAUGAGUAUUUGUUUAAUUCCAGAAAGGACUGAGGCGUGGAGAGGCGGAAUACUUCGACUUUCAUUCAUGAACUCUGCAAAUAUUUACUGAGCUCCCACUCACCACCAGGCAGCAGGCCCUCUCAGUUUCACAAUGCUGGCCUUUGGCUCUGGCAGGGUGGAGACACGUUUUCUAGGGAGGCCACGAGGCCGUUUUCAGUGUGCGGUGCAGUUUCGAGUGGACACGGGUUGUGAGUCACGCAUCCUUCCAUGGGACACAUGCUCGCAUAAAGAAACAGAAACCGCCUGGAGCCUCGCAAGUGAAGGAACUGCAGCAGAAGAGAUGGGAAUAUUGCAACAGCCUAGACAUGGUGAAGUGGGACAGCAGGACAUCCCCCACCCCUGGGGAGUUCCCUAAGGGCCUUGUAGCCAGAAGUAACACAGAUGUCAUUUAUCCACACCCAAAUACUUCUGCAGAAAAAGCCAGAAAUGUCCUAGCUAUAGAAACUGUACCUGGAGAGCUGGUGGGAGAACAAGCUGCAAACCAGCCAGCCCCAGGACACCAGAAUCCCAUUAACUUCUAUUCUCUGAGACAGUGGGGCAGCGAGCUUAAGAAUUCAAUGUCAUCUUUCCGUCCUGGGAGAGGGCAUAAUGAUAGUCGGAGGACUGUGUUUUAUACCAACGAAGAGUGGGAACUUGUAGAUCCACCUCCAAAGGACCUGGAGGAGUCUGUGGUACAGGAGGAAAGGAAGAAGCAGAUACCUGAGGGAAGCAAAGGAGUAUCUGGCUCGGGAUUCCCCUUUGAUUUUGGACGUAACCCCUACAAAGGGAAGCGCCCUUUGAAAGACAUCAUUGGGUCAUACAAGAAUCGGCACAGCAGUGCAGACCCUUCCAGCGAGGGGAUGUCGGCCACUGGCAGUGUCAGGCUGGCCUCUGAGAUGCAGCUGCAGGUUCAGAGCCAGCAAGAGGAGCUGCAGCGGCUGAAGAAAGACCUGACCAGCCAGAAGGAGCUGGUUCGGCUGCUGCAACAGACAGUCCGGUCUUCCCAGUAUGACAAGUAUUUCACGAGUGGCCGGUUCUGCGAAGGGGUCCCUGGGGCUACACUGGAGCUGCUCCACCAAAAGGAUGAUCAGAUUUUGGGCCUCAGCAGCCAACUGGAGCGGCUGAGCCUGGAGAAGGAGAGUCUGCAGCAGGAAGUGAGGACCCUGAAGAGCACAGUGGGCGAGCUCAAUGAGCGGCUAGGAAUGCUGAUGGAGACCAUCCAGGCCAAGGACGAGGUCAUCAUCAAGCUCAGCGAGGGCGAGGGCAGUGUGCCUUCCCCCUCUUCGGUGCCGGGCUCCCCCCUGGCUGCCCCAGCCAGCAAGGACCAGCUGGAGUUGGACAGGCUGAAAGAUAAUUUACAAGGGUACAAGGCCCAAAAUAAAUUUCUAAAUAAGGAAAUUUUGGAACUCUCAGCUCUACGAAGAAAUGCAGAAAGGAGAGAGAGAGAUCUGAUGGCCAAGUAUUCCAGCCUGGAAGCCAAGCUCUGCCAGAUAGAAAGCAAAUAUUUGAUAUUGCUUCAAGAAAUGAAGACCCCAGUGUGCUCAGAAGAGCAGGGACCCACCCGGGAAGUCAUUGCCCAGUUGCUGGAGGAUGCGCUGCAGGUUGAGAGUCAGGAGCAACCUGAGCAAGCCUUUGUGAAGCCUCAUCUAGUCAGUGAGUAUGAUAUCUAUGGGUUCAGGACUGUGCCUGAUGAUGACGAGGAGGAAAAGUUGGUUGCUAAGGUCCGAGCCUUGGACCUGAAGACUCUGUACCUUACAGAGAAUCAGGAAGUUUCCACUGGGGUCAAGUGGGAAAACUACUUUGCCAGCACAGUAAACAGGGAGAUGGUGUGCUCUCCAGAACUGAAGACCCUCAUCCGUUCAGGCAUCCCCCAUGAGCACCGCUCUAAGGUGUGGAAGUGGUGUGUGGACCUCCACACAAGGAAGUUUAAGGAUGGUGUGGAGCCAGGCUAUUUCCAGGCCUUGCUGCAGAAGGCCCUGGAGAAGCAGAACCCAGCCUCUAAGCAGAUUGAGCUGGACUUGCUUCGGACACUGCCCAACAACAAGCACUACUCCUGCCCCACCUCUGAGGGCAUCCAGAAGCUGCGCAAUGUCCUGCUUGCCUUUUCCUGGCGGAACCCGGAUAUUGGCUACUGCCAAGGGCUGAACAGGUUGGUGGCAGUGGCCCUCCUGUACCUGGAACAAGAAGAUGCUUUCUGGUGCCUGGUUACCAUUGUGGAAGUUUUCAUGCCUCGAGACUAUUACACAAAGACUCUUCUAGGAUCCCAGGUGGACCAGCGGGUGUUCAGAGACCUCAUGAAUGAGAAGCUGCCUCGAUUGCAUGCCCACUUUGAACAGUACAAAGUUGACUAUACUCUCAUCACAUUCAACUGGUUCCUGGUGGUGUUUGUGGACAGCGUGGUUAGUGACAUCCUCUUUAAGAUAUGGGACUCUUUCCUGUAUGAGGGACCAAAGCAUUUUCUUGUACAGAUGAGCCAGACAUGUACACAACAGCCCCAGGAUGGACAGUUUCAUGCCACUUCUGACUGUGCUGUGCUGACUCUUGGAGACUACUGUCUUCAUCCAUCUGUGCAGGUUAUUUUCCGUUUUGCCCUGGCAGUUUUUAAAUACAAGGAAGAGGAGAUCCUGAAAUUGCAGGACUCAAUGUCUAUAUUCAAGUAUCUCCGCUACUUCACUCGCACUAUUCUUGAUGCUCGGAAGCUGAUCAACAUCUCCUUUGUGGACCUGAACCCCUUCCCCCUGCGCCAGAUCCGGAACCGACGUGCCUAUCACCUGGAGAAGGUGCGGCAGGAACUGACUGAGCUGGAGGCCAUCCGUGAGGACUUCCUGCGUGAGCGGGAGCCUGGCCCUGACAAGGGUGGGCUGGUCAGCGAUGAGGAGGAGGAUGCCUGAGUGACGCCUAAGAUACUGUUUUGUGCUGUGGUAACCAAAGUAUGUCCAAGGGGACUGCAGGGGUCCCUGCUCAUUUAAUGCCCAGGUGCAACAUUUAUGGUCUCUGGGACUCUGCGGGGCAGAUGUCCAGAGCCAGACUGCACUUUCUUAUUUCCCACUUGGGGCUGGAGAGAGGUCUGCUCUGUUUACAGCCAGCGCCGUGCUGUAGCAUUUGUUCACAUGUGUCGCAGUCCUGCUUUCUGCCUGAUUGGUGAAUCACUGCACUUAUCAGCUGGUUGUCUCCGAGAGCCUGUUUACAGAUUAUGCCAGCUGGGUUGGUCUCCACCCCAUGAAAACCGGCCUCAGUGGGCACUUCCCAUGUUGUUACUCCUCUUGUAUAUAGUGGGCAGCUGUGUGUGUGUGUGUGUGUGUGUGUGUGUGUGUGUGUGCGCGCGUGUGCGCGCGUCUUAAAUGGCAGCACUUGGAGUGUGCUUCAGAGUGUGGCUGUUCCCAUGGGGUGAGGUCAGUGUGCAGAGGGGCUUCCUUAAAAAGAAAGCACACCUUGUUCUGGAGCAGCCUCCGCUGGAAGCCCAGGAGCCUUCCUCUGUCCUCCCAUGCACAGCCAUUCACUAGUGGUUCCCCACCACAUGGGGGCCCUGGUCCUGCACCAGCCCCAUGUGUGUUUGCAAGUGGCUGAUGGUUCUGCCCCAGCUUGCCCUGUGCCUAGCACCUCACUGCAAGUGUUUGUGGAAAACUUUUCAUCUGGGAGGUGACUUAUGGAAGCCAUUCUCCAUGUUUGCUUGGGGUAGGAUUUCAGGUGAAUUGCCUGGCCCUGGUGAGGGUGCAGAAGCAGCUUCAGGGUUCUUUGCGGGUGGCUGCACAGCUGCUGGGCAAACUUGCCCAGCAGCCACCAUAGGUUCCACGGUAGCCGAUGCUCCCAUGUCUUCCUGCACUGAAGUUGGCAGUACCUUUGCUGAGAUCAGGCCUCAUGGGAGCUCUCACCCAGCUCCACCCUGGCUGCCAGACAGCCUUGUCCUUGGUGAAGAUGUGGGGGGUCCAUGUGGCCUCUGACGUGGCAGGCUGCCAGGCAGGUCCUGGCUAUUUUUGUUGAACCCCUUAGGACCAUCCUUGAAGUGUGGGUGCUGUGAGUGAAUGUUUCCUGGCACAGUAUUACUCAACACAAGAAAAACAGUCUUACAUGGAGUAUUUUACACUACCUGAAAAAAAAAAAAAAGGAAAUGCUCUCUAGUUGAUAUAAACACAAUUGGACUAAGAAUUGAGGCAAUGCAGUUUCAAGAAAUGCUCUGGUAAGGAGUUUUCCUUUUUUUGUUUUUUUUCUGUCAGCUUUCUAGUGGUUUCAUGGUUUAAUUGGUACUUCAGUACACUAGGCUGAACUUGGAUUUUGUCUUUGGGGGAGCUGGUGUCUCUAUUCAGCCACUUUUCUCUUCAGGUAUCAGAAACAUGUCUUGCCAUUGUACGUCUUUGCAGUUGGUUUUUGAGGCCUGGCUUUAGAAAGCAGCAUGUGAAGGGGGAGCCACAAUCACCCACUGUUCUCAGGUAUGGGCCACCUGCUGACAGACCCCACCCCACCUCCCACCAGAAGUGACGGCUGUCAGCCAGGGACAGCUGCUGAGAAGGUGCAGGGGACAAGGGUGUGUGUGUGUGUGUGUGUGUGUCUGGGGUCAGCUCCAGCUGCUCUCAGUUUCUAGUUUCCAAGUCAGUUUCCCAUACAAGGUGCCAGCCCAAGCUGCUAUGUUCAGGAGCCAAGAGUAGCCCCUCAGGACUGAGCUUUCUGGUCCAGCAUGCUUGGGAGAGAUGCAUCGUCACAGUGCCUACACAGCUGGGGCUGCUCUGUGGCCAGGCAGUGUGAGAGCAGAGUGAUCUGGAGAUGGAGCCUUCUAGAGGUCCUCCCUGGAAAAGUGUGCUGAGUGUCUGGAGCUGGCACUGGCAGGGGUGAGGGUUGGGGAGGUGUUUGCCAGGUUCCAGGCUGGAGACAGGACAGACCAAAUCCCGUUUUGCAUUGACACUUCUCAUGCUGUCCUCUCCCACAGCGGAGAUACCGCUCCUGUCCCUGGCACCCUUCAGGCCCCUCCAUCAGCUGCCUGUGUACCUUCUGGCCAAGGCUGGUGCACACUGCUAAUCUUACUGUGUCCAUCUGCUAGCCACAUAUGCAUGUGCCAGGGCUAGAGGAGUUGCCAACUUGGCAGUUUUUUGGUUUUUUUUUGGUACCAGGGAUCGAACUCGGGUCCUUGCUCUUGUGAAG